AUGGCGGUGGCUGAGACGCAGCUGUACGCAAAGGUGUCCAACAGGCACAGGAGCAAAAGCACCUCUGCACUCCUCGAGUCUCUCCUUGCCAAAGGAUUCCCGGCUCAUACCGCUCAAAAAGCAUUGGCUGCUACUGGACAAAAGACAAUAGAAGAUGCUGCAAAAUGGUUGCACUCCCACUGCAAUGAUCCCUCUUUGGAUGACCCAAUCCCUCAGGAGUAUGCUCUUUACUUGUGUCCCACCGGUCGUUUUCAUAACCACCUGCAAGAGUUUUGGAAGGAAAGCAAGCGCCAGUGUGGGAGAAACAGAGCCCAUGAGAUUUUUCCACACAUCACACUCUGUGAUUUCUUCACGUGUGAAGACCACAAAGUGGAAUUAUUGUAUGACACCUUAAAGCGAGUGGGUGACAGCUUUUCACAGUGCUUUCCACCAUCCAUUUCUCUUUUACUACAUUCAUCCACCAGCUACCUUGGCUUCUUUGUUGGUGACAGCCAUGCAAAUAUCCUCAAAGAGUUUGCUCUGGCGUUUUCAUCAGAGGCUUCGGCCCUGGCAGAUUGCCAUGUGAAGCCCUGCCUAAAGCAGAUCCACCUUACUUUGGCUCACAAGUUUUAUCCUCACCAUCAGAAGACUUUGGAACAACUGGCUAAAAGCAUUAACCCAGGAGAGACCUGUCAGUGGGUAGCUGCUCUUUACUCACGGGACAUGCGUUUUGUGCAUUACCAGACCCUGCGGGCUCUCUUCCAGUACAAGCCCCAAAACAUCGAUGAACUCAUGAUCAACGCCGGGGACUUUGUCUACGUUGACCCAACGCUGCAGUCGGGCGUGAGCGAGGGCUGGGUGAUCGGGACCUCGCAUCGCACAGGCUGCAGGGGUUUUCUUCCUGAAAACUACACGGAAAGGGCCAAUGAGUCAGAUACAUGGGUUAAGCACAGGGAAUACGUUUUUGGAACUGUUUCAAGAUUCUCUGUCCAAACUGAAAAUGAACCUAAUGUAAAGCUGAAUGGAGAAGUCCACAAUCCUAGUAUAUCAAGGAGUGUUACCAAUAUACUUCCUCUUCAGCUGUCUCAGAAUGUUACCCUGCGAAGAGGUGUGCUGGUGAUGCGCCACGGGGAAAGAGUCGAUCAGGUCUUUGGCAAAUCUUGGCUCCAACAGUGCUUGACUGCAGAUGGAAAAUACCACAGAGCUGAUCUGAAUUUCCCUUGCACCUUGCCGAAGAGGAAAGACGGCAUGAAGAAUUUUGAGUAUGAUCCUCCUUUAUCUUGCUGUGGGGUUUUCCAGUCAAGGCUUAUAGGGGAAGCUCUGCUGGACCAGCAGGCAACAGUCAGCUAUAUGUACUCCUCACCCGCGCUCCGCUGCAUCCAGACAGCUCAACACAUACUGCAGGGGCUUAAAUUAGAUCAAAAGGUCAAGAUCAGGGUGGAACCAGGACUCUUUGAAUGGACCAAGUGGGAAACAAGCAGAGUAGUUCCUAACUUCAUGACCCUGACAGAACUGGCAGAGGCCUCUUACAAAAUAGAUACAAGUUACAGGGGUAACUUCCCGCUCUCGUCUUUGGUGCCAUCAGAAAGCUAUGAAGAAUAUGUAAGCAGAAGCUCUGCAGUUAUAAAACAAAUCAUCACUGCCUGCCCCAGCAAAGGUGUCAUCCUCAUCGUGGGCCAUGGCUCUUCCUUGACAUCUUGCACCCGACCCUUGAUAGGGCUCCCUGCCAGAGACAGCAAUGACUUUGCCCAGGGAGUUCGAAAGAUCCCUUCACUGGGCAUGUGUUUCUGUGAAGAGAUUAAAGAGGAGAACAAAUGGCAGAUGGUCAAUCCACCAGUGAAGACAUUAACUCAUGGACCAAAUGCAGCAUUUAACUGGAGAAAUGGUAUCAUAGAAGACUAGAACGCCAGCUCUGCCUUUGCGGUUGUUAAAAAUGAGCCAAGGACGAGUGAUGGUUCAGCACAGUUGAGUGAUUCACUCAGAAUCAUAGAAUCAUGAAGAUUCAAGAAUCAAGACGACUUACAGAGAGCGUGAAUUACCCUCUCUGAGUUGUCAAAGCACAUAAAAACACUUCCAAGUUUUGACAUUUUUAUUCCACUGGCUGAGAAGUAACCUAGGAAUUGGUGUGCAAGUGAGCAAUAACUCUUCUCGUGGUGAAGAAAGUAACUUUUAACCUUUUCUGAGAGUACAAACAUUUAAUAAAUACAGAACUACCUGAUUAUAAAGUCCACUGCUAUAAAUGCACUAAAUUAGUAGACAAUGCUGCAGUUUCAAAGACCAAAAGACAUUCCAUGAGAAUUAUCUUUUUUCACACACUUGGAUUGUUUUUACAUAAGCAGAGAAACUGUGACUGAAAAAAGUCAUCUCCUACCUGAAGAGACCAACUCUGCCUAAAGCUACUGAGUUUCCUAUUUACUCCACCAGUUCCAGGAAAGCAAAUAUCACAUUGACUAUUUAUUUGCCUCUUCUACAAAGAAGGUCCGUUUUUUAUCACGCAGCUCCCCAUUCAGUGAUUCCUGAGUGACCCUUAUUGUGAAUGGGAAUAAAUGAUUCCUUUUUGAAGAAAACUGAACUGAUUGCUUUACAGUUGCUUGGACAACAGUACUGGUGACAAAACUGUGAUGUGAGGAAUGCUAACAGUUGAACAUUUCCUGAGAUGGCACUCGCAGGACAACAGCUUUGCUUUGUGCUCUUCCGUGCCAA